AUGGCAAGUGACAAUCACGGCAACCCUGACCUAACCCAUACUACAACACAGGCCGGUGCAUCUGCUCGCAAGACUCUUGCUAGAAACAAGAAAAUCAUCACCCAACUUCGUCUUGGCAUAUCCAUAGCUCUAUCCAUCCAUAUCUUGGUUCGAAUCGCAUGGUUCUGGAGUUCAUGGACAAUGUGGCCAGCAAUCGGUUCCAUCCUAGCCAGCAGCGUGGCCUCCUUUCUUCACAUGCACAUGGAAAAUAUGGCUAAUACUGGCACUGACUUGGCCCAAGAAGGAACCAUGAUCUCAUACUUUUACGACAGUAUCUACAUAACUUGGUUUGUGCUGGCCAUAGUCUGUGUAUCUGAUAAAUUUUACUGGACAUAUAUGCUGAUUCCCAUAUUCGCCAUCUAUAAACUGAUCUCGUUGGUUCUUACAUUCACUGGAUAUGCAGCAUCUAGCAGCAAUACUGAUGGAACAUCUGCGUCUUUAAACAAUAAAGCAUCGAAAAAGACGGCUGCCACUCGGAAAUCUUGA